AUGACGAGACGACUGAUUCCCAACUACGAACCCGCCCAGUCAAUUGACGACUCUGAACCGUUAUCCGGGCGCAUCUACUCCACGGGUUUCGGCAUUAACGUCCGCACUAGCAGAACACUGCCCCAAGACGAUGAUGUUGAAGACGCGGUAAAGAAGGUCUUUUAUACCAUUGUCACCACGAAGCUUCUCAUUCCAGGCGACGGCGAGCCAGUCAAAGAUGCCGCCCUGGUGGUCAAGAACAAAGUAAUCGAAUGGGUUGGCCGACAGGAGGACCUACCAAGCGAGUACACCACCAAUCCUCACAAGGUGCACGAUGUGCCUUAUUUGAUGCCCGGCCUUUGGGAUUGCCACGUGCAUUUCAGCGGAAUUAACGACCAAAGGGCCGCCGAAGAGGGUUCGGUGGCCCUCGCCUUCCUUGCAGAUCACCCAGCCACGUCUGGAGCGCGUCUUGCUCGAGGAUGCUGGGAUGCAAUUCAGAGAGGAUACACGUCCAUGAGAGAUCUUGCCGGAUUUGGCUGCGAAGUUUCCAAGGCAAUUGAAGAUGGUGUUCUUGUAGGCCCCAACAUCUACAGUGCCGGAGCUUGCUUGAGCCAGUUGGCUGGCCACGGCGAUCUUUUUGCUUUGCCAGCUGGGGACGUACUCCUCAACAUGGGCGUCGGAUCCAUCAAAGCAGGCGAGUUCGGAGCUACAAUGAGCUGCAUUGUGGAUGGCGUCGACGAGUGUCGCCGUGGAGUGAGACUGCAAAUCCGCCGUGGGGCACGAUGUAUCAAGGUCAUGGCUUCUGGCGGCGUGCUAUCGCGCGACGAUAACCCUCUCUAUGCCCAAUUUAGCCGGGAAGAGCUUGAUGCCAUUAUAUCCGAAGCAAAGAGGAUGGAGAGAACUGUCGCUGCCCACGUUCACGGAAAGCCAGGCAUCAUCCAAGCCGUAGAAGCAGGUGUAACUUCUGUUGAGCACGUGUCAUACGCUGAUCAGGAGUGUGUGGAUUUGAUCAAGGAAAAGGGGACGAUUUUUGUGGCUACAAGGACUAUUGUCAACUUGAUUCUGGAUAGCAAGGGCGAGGGCAUCCCCAAGAAGAGUUACGAAAAGGCUAAGAAGGUGGGAGCGCACUCCCUCGAGGGCUACAAGAAGGCCAUCAAGGCUGGUUGUACGUUUGCGCUUGGGACUGACACAGAACCUGGAUUCAACAUGGCGAUUGAACUACAAUAUGCGGUGGAAGCGGGCAUGUCCAACCUGGAAGCUAUUAAAGCGGCGACUGCUAAUGGGCCGUUGACGGUGGCUGGGCAAGUUCCUCUCACCGGACAGUUGAAGGUCGGUUAUGAGGCUGACAUGAUUGGGGUGUGCGAGAAUCCGGUUGAGGAUGUCAAGGUGCUACAGAAGAAGAGUAAUAUCGGAUGGGUUUGGAAAGGUGGGAAGCUGUUCAAAGGCCCUGGCAUUGGUCCUUGGGGAGAAGAGUUGUAA